CCCGCGUGUCCCGGGGCGGCUGGCGCUCAGCGAGCCGGGCUCUCUCCCUCCCUUCCCUGCGUUCCCGCUCCGCCGCCCUCCCGGCUGGCAGCCGCCCCGCCGGGUGGGAGCACCUCGCCGGCGCUGCCUGUCUGGCUGCUCCCUCCCCUCCCUUCCCGGGCCGGGAAGAUGGACCCCGGCCCGCCCCUGGGCUGCAGCCUCAAGGACGUGAAGUGGAGCGCGGUGGCCGUGCCCCUGGACCGGCUCGUCAGCACCUACCGGCUGCCCCAGAUCGCCCGGCUGGACAGCGGAGAAACUGUAGAAGGUCUUCGGGAGAGCGAUCAUCUUCUGAUUCAUUCAUGUCGGCAGUGGACAACAAUUACAGCUCACAGUCUGGAGGAGGGUCACUACGUCAUAGGGCCAAAGAUAGAAAUCCCUGUACAUUAUGCAGGGCAGUUUAAGCUGCUGGAACAAGACCGAGAUAUUAAGGAGCCAGUGCAGUAUUUUAACAGUGUGGAGGAGGUGGCUAAAGCAUUUCCUGAACGAGUUUACGUCAUGGAGGAAAUAACAUUCAACGUUAAGGUGGCUUCAGGUGAAUGCAAUGAAGACACUGAAGUUUACAACAUUACCCUUAGUACUGGGGAUGAGCUCACUUUAAUGGGGCAAGCAGAAAUCCUUUAUGCAAAGUCUUCUAAGGAGAAGUCACGACUUAACACCAUCUUCAAAAAAAUCGGAAAACUUAAUUCAAUUAGUAAACUAGGCAGAGGCAAAAUGCCCUGCCUCAUCUGCAUGAACCACAGGACCAAUGAGAGCAUCAGUCUCCCUUUCCAGUGUAAGGGCAAGUUUAGCACCCGCAGCCCACUGGAGGUGCAGAUGCAAGAAGGUGAGCACACGAUUCGCAAUAUAGUGGAAAAGACCAGGCUGCCCGUUAAUGUGACUGUGCCUAGUCCUACACCAAGGAACCCUUAUGACCUACAUUUUAUCCGCGAAGGGCACAGGUACAAGUUUGUCAACAUUCAAACCAAGACUGUAGUGGUUUGUUGUGUGCUUCGUGGAAACAAAAUUAUUCCCAUGCAUUUUCCCUUGCACUUGACACUUCCGAAGUUUAUUCUACCUGACAGUCUGGUGAAGGGGGAGCUGUGGCACGAGUCCCUCAUCCAGCACUGGUUUAAUAUAUGCCAGGAACAGUUUGACAUAGAUGAGUAUUCCCGUGCUGUGCGAGAUGUGAAAACUGACUGGAACGAAGACUGCAAGAGCCCGAAGAAGAGCCGAUGCACAGGGCACAGCCACGUGCCAAACUCCCUCAGCUACGCGCGGGAUGAGCUCACACAGUCCUUCCACCGGCUUUCAGUGUGUGUCUAUGGAAACAACUUGCAUGGGAAUAGUGAGGUGAAUCUCCAUGGCUGCAGGGACUUGUGUAAUGAGUGGGCCCUGUUCUCUCAUGAUGCUCUUCAGUACCAGGAGUCUGGUGACAGUGGCAGCGAUUACCUUUUCCCUGAAGUUAGCGAAGAAUCAAUGUUUCUGCCUACAAAACCAGAACUUCCUUACGAAGAGCUCUGGUUGGACCAAGGGUCUGGAAAAGGUGGUGACCAGCCUCUCUCUUGCUCACUAAGUGAGAAGAACAAAUGUGACAACUACAGAGGGUCUUUCCGAUCAAAGUGUGGUACUGCAUCUCAUCCUGUGCCUGCAACUGUCGGAGCAACCACAAAGUCUUCAGAUGUUUCCCUACCUCCACCUCCAGUGCCUCCCAAAUCAGAAGCAGUAAAAGAGGAAUGCAGACUCCUGAAUGCUCCCCCGGUCCCACCACGGAGUUCAAAACCAUCCUCCACCAGUCCUUCCAUCCCUCCUCGUACAGUCAAACCUGCACGACAGCAGACCCGCUCUCCCAGCCCUACUCUGUCCUACUACUCUUCAGGACUGCACAACAUUAAUGUCACAGAGAGCGACCACACCAACCCAACUGAGAGCACACCUGUUUCCUGCUACCCUUGUAACAUGAUGAAAACUGAAUCCAAAGAGCCUGAGAGCAUGAUGCCUUUGGGAAGCCCCUCAGCUGAAGCUCUGCCUUCGAGGUUAUCUUGGCCAAACCAUUUUUCAGGAACUGCUGAAGCUCUGAAUAGAAGUGAUUUCCUGCUCGAUCCAAGCAGGAGCUACAGUUACCCCAGACAGAAGACUCCAGGUACGCCAAAGAGAAACUGUCCAGCACCUUUGACUUUUGACUUCGAUGGGUGUGAGCUCCCAGCAGGGUACUCCCCACUGACUCCAACAGAGUUCACAAACACCAUCUCUAGCUGUCCAAAGUCAGCGAGUUACUCUCUAGACUGCACUGAUGAGAAGACUCUGGGAGUCAGCAACACAAAACAGAGCCACUCGUGCCCUGCCUUACCUCCUCGGGCACCGAAAUCAAGUGAAGAUAAAGCAGUUACAGACAUGUGUCCCUUACCACUGAAAAUAGAUGGUGCCGAGGAGGAGUCAAAAACUGGCUCUCCAGACCUCUUGGAAGAUCAGUAUCUGGUUAAAAAGGGCAUGCAAGAUACGUUCUCUGUGUCUUAUCCCUUCUCAUCUCCACUCCACCUCCAGUUGGCACCAAGAUCUUGUGGGGAUGGCUCUCCCUGGCAGCCACCCACGGACCUUUCUGGACUCUCAAUAGAGGAAGUGUCUAAAUCGUUGAGGUUUAUUGGUCUGUCUGAAGAUGUCAUAUCAUUUUUUGUUACAGAGAAGAUUGAUGGCAAUUUACUGGUUCAGCUUACAGAAGAAAUCCUAUCAGAAGACUUCAAGCUAAGCAAAUUGCAGGUUAAGAAAAUCCUACAGUUCAUUAAUGGCUGGCGGCCCAAGAUGUGAUGCUGACUAGUUAUUAGUGAAACUGUACGAGGUGUACUCAAUACACUUCAGCUAAUACAUCACUUCCUGUUUUUUGCACUAAAAAUUCUUCCUGUAAAUAGUAGUAGACAAAUUCUUACUAUGCAGAUAAACAUUUUUGAGUGGUGAAUGGAUUUUUUUUUCCUAUGUCAAUAAUAAAGGUAGAGAAUCUGCAGAGAGAUGCCUUGUGCAUCCCUCAACAUUCAACAGCUGCUAAAAACUGGACACUAAGGGAACUUUUACUCCAUAGUCUGUUAAGACUUAGUCGUAUUUAUUACUGAACAAUUUGAUGCUGAAAGACACACACCAAUCCAGUUUACAGUUUUGUGUUAACUGCAAAAAAAAUGUAUUUCUUACAGGAUUAUUUCUGUUUAAAUAAUAUUUGGCAACAUGCUGUGACUUUUCUUCCGUUUCUGUUAACAAAAAGCAUGUUCAGAUAAACAAAAACAUUGAUUUUGACACUACAUCUGAAAAUGUUAAGAACUGCUGUGAAGUGCCACUAAUACACUAUUCUUGCAGCAUUAUUUUUAUUAACAAUAUCUUCCUGACUAUCUGUAACAUGGAUGCAUUUUCCAUGUUACUUUGAGCAAAAAGAGUUAAAUGUUUUUAAAACAAGAGUCAGCUCAUUGCCCAGAGGGGAGGGAGAAGGGGGAUUUUCUACUGAGCCACUCUGCCCUGGCCAAUUAAAAGUUUAUGACCUGUAGAUUUCAAAAGUUGCUUUUGUAGUCGGAUGACUGGAGUAAAUAGCAUGACUUCUGGUCGUGCAGCUUUCUCAUGGGAAAGGCAGUUCAGUGCACAGAUCUUUUCUCAGCAGAUCCUGCCUGCAGCAGUAGCCUGCUAGCAGAGCCCUCACUGUGGUGAAAGGUAGCAACCCCCUAUGUUUCCUCUGCUGCUGUUAUAAUCAUGUGAAAUCUCAGUCUGCUGUCCUAUUGCUGAGGUCGGAUCUGUGUGGGAAGGUGAUAGUACUCCUGUAGCAUGCCUUUGAACUAAAGCAUUAGUGAGGUGGGAGGAGGGAUCAGAAACACAGCAUGGCUGGAGAAUGGGCUAAGUGAGGUUUUGGGCCAUGCCACGGGAAAUGCUUGUCAUAUUGUCAGUUCAACUGUCUGGUUUGCAGUGGGUGUCAAAUGGGAGGGAUUGUAGUAUCAAAGGAAGGGGUAAUUCAGUUGCCCAGCUGCAAAAACUCACUGCAGUAGAUGUCACAUGGAAGUAGCAGUCUAAAGGGAGCACAGAGAUGGUAAGGGGCAUUAGUCUGCCCCUGGAAAUCUCUCAAAUUUAACUGCUCAGAAGGCUAGAAGUAGGAUUAGGUUUUGAUAGUCCUUUACAGAUUUCUUGUAGUUGGCAGAGCUCUCUGAAAUAUGUCUAAACAACCCCGGGAUCCCCUGCCUUUGUAGACUGGAUUCAAGGAUUUGUGGAGGUCCUCAGGAAACAAUCUGUGGUGUCCCAUCUCAACAAGUGUGCGUGUCCAGGAUCCUCAGGUGGUCAGAGCCAGGGAUGCUAGAGCAACUUCACCUUUACUUGCUGCUGAGCAGAGCCCUGGCCAGGGGGAUACCAUCACCUGCCUUUCUUUUUGAUGUACAAGAAAAAGAAAAAAGAUCUUUCCAUAGUAGGGCACGUAGUGCGAGCAUCAAGAGAAAAUACAGAGCAGGAACAAAAAUAGGAGACUAAUUUUCCCUGUUUUCUCAACCAUGGUGACUCAUUAAAAAGAAUUUAUUUGCAAAUAGUGUUUUCUGUAGUUGAGGCAAAUUUCAUGUCAUAUCUCCAUGCCAAAGCCAAGAUGCAUUAUUUGUCUUGCAAUAAUGCAAGCCACCAGUUCCCAACCAGAGAGCAAAGCCUGAUUGUUGUGGGUACUAGAAAGCCAACAAAUAUCCCAAUAGAAAAACCUCAGGACUUCAUAAUCCUACUCUUUUUUGUAAUGUAUUGACUUUUAGCAACAGAUCGAUAGCUUUCUCUGGAUGCUUUUGAAUUAGCAUCCUAAAAUAUUCUAGCUGCAAGUAAUACUAAAUCCAAUUAAAUACUGUUCAGAUAUAUAUGCUUGUUGGUAGACACAUGAAAGUUGAAAUCAAUUGCCUUUUUAUCCUCACUGUGUCAAAUGAGUGUUCAAAUUUAAAAGGGCCAAAUCUUAAAUGUCAGGUACUUUUCAUUGUUUUACUUGGCUUGUUAACUCCAGGUAAAAAACCCUAAAAUAUCUCAAAGAGACUAAAAAAAAAGAGAUUGUAGUCUUGGUAAUAGUAACAUUAAAUACUGCAAACACCCCCCAGGAUAGUAACAUCACUGAGAAAAUAGUGUUGUUUGACUAUGGAUGGACACCUAUUCUGUUAUCUUUGCUUACCUGCUUGGAGUGGUUAUUCUUGCAAACAGCCUGGUGGAAUUUGCAUUCAUGACUGUGCUGCAUUAACAUUGUAUAUGCAUAGACCAAAAUGCAACUGGCCACUGAAAGGACCAGAAAUGUGCAUUUGUUGCAGAAGCAGAGGCUGUGUGCAGAAGUACAGCUAGAACCUCUAACUGCAAACUUGCUACUGAUGUCCUUCCAUUUGUCUUGCUCUGGCUUGGCACUGCUUACUUAUUUUUAUGCAUCAUGUGUUAGCAUUUAAACUUUUCUUUUGUCCUUAGCCACUCAUCACCUUAAUUUUUCAAGCCCUUUUGGGGGAUUUAACUGUUCCUAACCUUUAUGUUCUGUGAAUUGUAUGACUGCAGUGUCAGUGUAUCUGCUGUGAUGCCCAGGCUGGACUGAAGUAUCUGCUCUAGUGAAAUCAGUAGAGUGAUGAGCAAACUGGGCAGCUGGAGUGUGGUGGCUUGGCCUUUUGAUCAUGCAUUAUGGAAAGGGGUACCUUUAGAUAGGAUGUCAGGCUAUGGCAACUCCCAAGCACAGCUCAGAGGUCAGCUAAUGUGGAAAAGCAGUCUGGUUUUGGAGGAUAAUGGAGUUCAACCAUGUUGAUGGGAGUUGUGUUGAUUGUCCUGGGGCCUGACAGAAAGUCUGGCCCGUUUUGUCUACUAACAGAGAUGUAACCAUUGAGUUCAGACAACACACGUGUGCCAGAGUGGGCCUAAAAUCUCAUAGUUUUUUGAGGCAAUCUACUAAAAUAGGCCAGUCCUAACCUUGGAUUUCUCUCCUCAGAUUAAAUAAAUGUAAGGUCUUUGGUGCUUAUUUGGUUAUCAGUGUCUGAGAUGCAUGUUAUCCUUGGGGUUUUUGUAUGUCUGGGGUUUUGGUAGCAAAAAAUCUGGCAUGUCAUUCUGUAUGGAGCUGUCUCUUCCCUGCACCAGGGAACACAUCCUUUCUAUGCAACAAUCAUGUGGAGGCACAAGAACUGAUGCUGCCUUCAGCGGUGAAAGCUCGAUUCUAGCAUGGAGGCUUUUCUGGAGGUGGACAAAGAAUUGGGCAGGGGAGGGAUGAAGAGGAAAACUUGAGGGGAAAUACUGGUUUCCUUUAAAUACUCAUUGUGCCUAGGAUUAAGAAUCUUUGUAUUGCUGCCUGCCUGGCUAACCAAAGCUGUAUUGAAAGCAACUCAAAGUGCAUAUUUGCGUUCUUAUUCUUGCCGUAUUGUAAAAAUCGCCUACAGCUAGAAACUUGGACAGAAAACAUUUGGUCCAUCCAAAUUUAGAAGGGCAAUGUAUUUUGAAGUGUUCUUUGCAGCUAGAAGCAAGGGUUUGAAGUAGCUGUGUAUUACACAAGGGUUUUUCUAAUACAACAGUUUUACUUGCCACUUUAAUGGACUUCACAACAACAGCUUCAAGGGAAACAGCAUAAAUAGUGAAGCUGUCUCAAAAGGCACUGUGUUUCAAACCUGUCUAUAAAUAAUUGAAGUGUUUUCUCCUAUGUUUUCAUCUUGAAUCAACUCCCUGAUUGUCCUCCUGGUAAAUAAAUUGUGCUGGCACCAGCUACUUGUGUGCUGCCCAGCAUGGUGCCUCCCUGCAACACAGGUCAGCAAAGUCCUGCCUGCCAACCAGGCAAGGAGUACACCAUGCUACUUAAAAGCCAAACACCAGCCCUGUAUGAGAGAACUAUGGCUUAGCCCAGCUCUCCUGGCUCCUCUUUCUCUCUCUCUGUAGUUGCAAGGUUCCCUUAUACAAGCCAGAAGGUACAGAUGAAAUCUUAAUCAGCAUGAGGGGAUCAUCCUUUUUAUUCGCUGUAUUAGGGACGGCAGAGCAAUGGGGAAAUGCAGGCCCUUUGUUGAGACCUAGCAAUAAAUGACUCUUCGUUUUGUUGUAUUUUAAACUCCUAAUAGUCCAGGAGUUGUUCAGACUUUACCAUUUUUGUGCAUAACAACCAAAUUUUCAGUGUGAAAAUCUGCAGAGUGAUUCUCUUGGCUUGGACAAUCUUCUGAAUUAUAUUAAAAAUAUGUUAGUUCUUAGCUCUUUAGAUUCACUUUGGAUAUGUCAAAAAAGUAACACUUUGGGAAAAAAAAAGAGAAAGCCCCAAAACUUUGGCUUAGUACAUUUCCGUUAUAAAACGAAGCAUGGUUUUUGUGGAAUUCUGUGCUGUUUUGGGCUUUUGUGUAAAAGGCUGAAGGCAAAUCAUUAUUUAAACCAGGUGCAAAUAAAUAUCCCUGUAAUGUAUAUGAACAAAUUUAAACCGCGUAUUGUAAGUAUAUAAACUGUAUAUUAAAGACACUAUUUUCAUGAUA